AAGCUAGCCAGGAAUUCGGGGCGCUUUCCUCAGCAGUUGAGGAUCGAAGAUGUGGAACUAGAUGAGAGUACUCGCAUUGGAUCUGGAGGUUUUGCAGACGUUUAUCAGGGCUUCCUUCGUGGAGAGAUGGUGGCGGUAAAACGAACCCGGUUCCGAAGCUCCGACAUUAGCGGAAUACUUAAGGGCUGUGCCAGAGAGCUUGUUAUCUGGGCCCGAUUGUCUCAUGUUAACAUUCUUCCUCUGCGUGGCGUUUUUCUGGGUAAGAGUCCUGAAAGUCACCCGGUCUUGUCCUUUGUUUCUCCUUUCAUGGAGAAAGGCGAUCUAGUCGAGUACCUUCGAAACCACGAGACGCCUGACAGGCAUUCAUUGAUUCGUGACAUUAUCAACGGCCUAGAGUAUUUGCACACGCAAAAACCACAUGUAAUACACGGAGACAUCAAAACCGUGAGAACUAGAUGUCGCCUCCUCUGGCGCUGUUCUGAGAUAUCAGUCCAGGAGAAUAUCUUCGUUUCAAGCACGAAUCAAGCGCGGAUCGGUGACUUUGGAUUAUCAUACAUAAAAAACAGCGACCGAAAGCGUUGGACGUCGACUGCAAACCGCUCAGAUGGAAAGACGCUUCGAUAUUCGGCUCCUGAGCUAAUGAGAGACGAUGCACCUAUGAGCCGAGGUCGUGACAUAUACGCCUUUGGUUGUACCAUCUUCGAGGUACGUACACUGGCACACCCUCUAUUCAGCGCUUAUAGUCAUGUUUCGCUGUAG